AUGCUAAUCACACCUCGAACUUACUCCGCCGCGCAAACCCCAGACCGAGCGGUCGCCAACUCCCGUACCGAGGGUCCCUCCCGUUUCUACACCCUCUCUGGGUGGCGCCAGAGCUUCGCAGAUACAACACCGAUACCAGAGAUGCUCUUAAUCCACCAAACUGGCAGUGUUCGCGUUGGAGAGGUUGUCAGAUAUACCGUAACCUAUACACCGGCGGCUGAUCCUAUUCUUCCUCUUCCGGCUCAGCUCUACGUCCGAGUGAAAAAUGCCUCUGCCAUCCCGUUUCGAGCCGCAUAUCUCCAUGGCCCAUAUACCCUGUACACAUCGUGCUACCCAUCCACAUUCGAUCCUAACAGCAAAUAUGACAAACAAGAGACAGAGGGAGCACCGCAGUAUGAAUCGUAUUUGAAAGCAGGCGGGAAUUGGGAUGCGGCAAUCAAGCUGCCGACCCAUUUCGGGACUUCUCAGGAUCUUGUUGCUGGUCAACAAGAGCCGGAAGGCCCUUCUUCGAUUUCCUGGGUGAUUGAGAUUGUAUCCCAAGUAAUAUUCUCCAACAGCGCCUCUGUUCAUUUUGAAUUACUGGUCACUCGAGAUGCUCAAUCAUUGGAAUAUUUUUCAUCAAGCGGGACUUCAGCGACGGGGAUGGGCCCUCCUGGGAAGUUACAGGAUCAUUGGACCCCCAAGACUAAGACCCAGCAAGUGGUUGCUAUGAAAGGAGUAUACUCCAAAUCGAUUACUCUUCAUGUAGAUGAUACCACCACUCUAUGGAAUAGUCCGCCGUUGCCAUCCAAAGCGAUUCAUGUUGAAGCCGGGGUUGAUUUUGGAAAUACCUCUUUGCAGGCAGAUGAACAAGAUAUCACAGGUGUGGCACGAAUCCCAGCUUCGUCCAAACAGAAAGUCCAUCUGGUGGUCGUUACCCAUGGCUUGCAUAGCAACUUGGGGGCGGACAUGCUCUAUCUCAAGGAAAGUAUCGAUGCCGCUACUAACAGGAAUAAGAAAACACAGAGCCAAGACACCACACCCGACCAUAAGGACGAGCAAGUGAUUGUCCGAGGAUUUUCAGGAAAUGCAGUUCGAACCGAACGUGGCAUCCAGUACCUCGGCAAACGCCUGGCCAAAUAUGUCUUGUUAAUGACGUAUCCUGAUCAGCCAUACUUCCCUCUCAAGGGUCCUAAAUCGAAAACAUUUCAUCGUCCUUUCAGUUCGCGCAAGGAACAGACCCACCUGGCUUCAGACCCCUCUACCUCGUUGGACCAAGAUGAAAUUUUUAGCGAAGAAGAUCAUGCUUAUCAGAUCUCCAGUAUCAGUUUCAUUGGGCAUUCUCUCGGUGGACUUGUUCAAACCUACGCAAUUGCAUAUAUCCGAAAACACUCUCCGUUAUUUUUUGAUCUCAUCAGGCCAGUGAACUUCAUUGCCCUCGCUACUCCUUUUCUGGGGCUCAGCAACGAGAAUCCAAUGUAUGUUCGCUUUGCUCUGGACUUGGGACUCGUUGGGCGAACGGGUCAGGAUCUGGGACUAAGUUGGACAGCCCCCAAGGUGCGAAGUGGUUGGGGAGCCAUCAUCGGGGGACGAGGAGACUCAACACAGGACCAAAGUAAUCCUGAUCCCGGUUCAAAACCUCUGUUACGGAUCCUACCUUGUGGUCCUGCUCAUGAUGCUCUGAAAAGAUUCCAGCACCGCACUAUUUACUCUAAUGUUGUCAAUGAUGGAAUCGUUCCUCUACGCACGUCUUGUUUGCUCUUCUUAGACUGGAGAGGGUUGGACCGCGUGGAGAAGGCAAGAAGAGAUAACGGUCUUGUUGGCACAAUGGCUGAAUGGGGCUGGGCGGAAUUGACUGGGGCCAAUUCCAAAUCUCCACAACUGACUCGAGUCGAUGAAGUAGCAGGGCCAGUAGACGGUGGCUCUUCUUCUCUCGUGGAACAUACGGACCAGGAGUCUAUAGACAUCGUCGAACCAUCUUCCCCUUCUCCACGACAGUUUCUGGCCACAGCCCAACGACCCCCUCAUCACGCUUACACGGCUGGGGCUGUCCACAAGGAGAAUGCCUCCGAGGAUACGUCUUCGGGUCCAUUCAGUUCGUUCCUAUCCUUAUUUCGACCGAAAGAAACCAAGCUUCCGUCGCGUCCCAAAAAUACCAAAAUCUACAAACGUAGCCAGACUCUCAGCUCGUUUGAUACGAAUGAAAACCCUGGCCCUAUAGUUCGAGGAAACUCACUAUAUGAAGAUGAGGAGGGGUUGCAUACACCCCCUCGAACCACAUUCUUCGAGUCAGCUGGGGACUUAUUGAUGCCCCCAUUACCGCCCACAGAGUUCAUUCUGGACCCUGCUGCCCGCUCACGAACCAUUUUCCAUGAUCGCAUCUAUCACCCCGAUGAUGUACCACCUCCUUUACCCGUGAAGCGACGAACGAUCGCAUUCGGUUCCCUUCAAAACAAGAAUUCGAAGUCGAUCUCAGCUUCAUCUCAAUCUUCUUCCAGUUCCCAUCCUCCUACUCAGACCCAGACCCAGAAUCAGACUCAAUCGAGUCAGAGUGGAUUGAAGGUGGAAGAGAAGAUCGCUCGGGCCUAUCACCGCGAUUUGACUUGGCGGAAGGUCCUUGUUCGCCUGGAGCCGGAUGCGCAUAAUAAUAUUAUUGUACGACGUAUGUUCACCAAUGCAUAUGGAUGGCCGGUGGUGAAGCACCUGGUUGACACUCAUUUCGGACAUACCGAGGCUGCGGAGACAGACGAUACACUACAACAAAGUGCUGAGCGAGCCAAGUCACCAAGUAUCGGGCCUACUGGAUCUGGAGAUGAAGUCGAGGGACAAUGCGAGCAUGAACAAGAGCAAGACAUGUCUCAGGUCAAUCGCAGGGAGUCAAAUCAAUCCCACGAUUUUGCGGAUUCUUCUCAGUCCCUCGAAAGUCCCACCCUUGUCCAUCAAAGAGUAGAGACCUUUCCCGCUGAGCACCAAUCUCAUAAGACUACCAGCACCGCUGGACAGUCUCACUAUACCGAAGUCUCUAGACAAGAUUCGGCGCGUUGGACUGAUCGCCAGGUGGAUGAAGAUGACGAUUGCGAAUCUGGAUUUGAGGAGGAGACUGACGCUGGCUUUCGUUGGUCUCCUAACCUUCGGCCAUGA